UGUUUUUUAAAAUCUCUAUGAAUAGGCCCUUUGAGAUGAAACAGAUCCGUGUCCAUCUCAUUGGAUAGAAACAGAAGUACACAUCAUGUUUGCGAUACGGCAGGAAACAAAGUGCACUGUGGACAAGGCCCCACACUCGAACCACAAAAGCUUGGACAGGCCAAGGUCACUCCUGUGAUCUCUGCCUGGAAUUGCUUCUGGAAACAUCAUGUGAUGAUCUUCAACUGGCGAUAAAGAUUUUCUGGGACACGUGGGGUUAGACAAAGACUCCGACAUCAUGUGUCUAUGGUCUCUAGGAAUAUUGACAAUAUCUCCUACUGAGAAGAGGGCAGAGGCCACAUGCCAGAUAAGUGGGAAUGGGUAUGGCCUUUUGUGACUCCAGCCACAUCUAUGCACCCAGCAAGCCACAUAUAAAGCAAUGGUCAACUGAGCUCUCAGUGAAGGCCCUGCUGGUGAGAUGAAGUCCGUCUUCUUCAGCCUUUCUCUGCUCCUCCUUCUGGAGAGGCGAGCAGCUGGGAUAGGAAUCUAUGGUGAGACAAAAGGACACUUUCUAGUAAAGACGUCCCCAGUUGUGUUUAUCCAGAAAGGCCAUUUCCACUACGGGUCUAGAAGAACACAGGAGGAUGGAGCUGAAGAAAGUGGUUUUGAGAAAACUAAGCACCGUGCCUAUGACCAGGAUGCUGACGCUGACCUGGGAGAGACUCAGAGUUCACAGGAACAGAUAGGUGUAAGCGAAGACAUAGUUUGUGAUGAAGAAGAUGAGAUUAGCCAACAAAAAUCCCAGCUUCAAUCCCAGUCACAAAUAAAAUCCCAAGCACAACUAAAAUCCCACGGAGCCCAGCUGAAGUCCCAAACAGGCCAGCUAAAGACCCUAGGCCAGCUAAAGACCCUAGGCCAGCUAAAGACCCUAGGCCAGGUGAAAUCACAAAUCAAGCUGAAAUCCCACAGUGCCCCUCUGAAAUCCUCCCAAGCAUCACAAACUCUCCAACAAGCUUUUCCUCAGCAAAUCAAGGGCAAAACACAUGCCCUGGAUGAAGACCAGGCUCAGGUGCAUCAGCAGCAUAAAACGAUUCAGAGGCUCAAAAGCAAGCGUGGCCGGGCCAGGAAAACAGCAGAGUUCUUUCCGUAUUUCAGACGGCACUUCCAAGGCUAUGAUGGGUAUUUUGUGCAGUUUCAAGGGCAACUACAGGGUGGAAUUCACCACACAAAGCCUUUCCACCAAGCUCAACAGACGUGCUACUGUCCAAACGGAGAGUUAAUCCUGUAUCAAGAUGCCUUCACAGAUUAACACACCCAUUAUCAGUCAA